AUGACCAAAACAGAUGAACCUAAAAAGCCGAAUUUCUUAAUUAUUGUCGCCGAUGAUUUAGGGUUUACAGAUGUGUCGAGUUUUGGAGGUGAAAUACAAACGCCAAACCUUGAUAAAUUGUCUAAAGGUGGUUUCAGAUUCACUGGUUUUCAUACUGCAUCGGCAUGUUCGCCAACUAGAUCGAUGUUGUUGAGCGGUACUGACAACCAUUUGGCAGGUUUGGGCCAAAUGGCUGAAUAUGCCAGGCAAUUUCCAGAAAAGUUCAAGGAUAAACCUGGUUAUGAAGGUUAUUUGAACUAUAAGGUUGCUGCAUUGCCUGAAAUAUUAUCCCCAGAAUAUUACACGCUGAUUUCGGGGAAAUGGCACCUUGGAUUAGAAAAGCCAUAUUGGCCAAGUGACCGUGGAUUCCAAAAACGUUUUACCUUGCUGCCUGGUGCAGGAAACCAUUUCAAAUGCAAUUUGGAUAGCAAGUUUCUUCUCCCAUGGAUUUAUCAGGAAAAUGGCGAAAGGGUAGACCAUAACAAGUUUCCAGAAAACUUUUAUUCCACCACUUACUUCACAGAUAAAUUUUUGGAAUAUUUGAAGGAUGAUGAAGAAAGAAAAGGUCGCCCAUUCUUUGGCCAGUUGACCUACACAGCUCCACAUUGGCCAUUACAGGCUCCUGCUGAGACUAUCGCAAAAUACAAAGGUAAGUAUAAUGGUGGUCCCCAGGCAUUGAGAAGACAAAGAUUGGAAAGAGCUAGAGAUCUUGGUAUUGUUCCAGCUGAUGUUGUUGCUCAUUUAGUAGAAACUCAAAGAGAAAAGACUUGGGAUGAAUUAGAUGAUAAGGGAAAGGCCUACGAAAGCCGUAUUAUGGAAAUUUAUGCCGCGAUGGUUGAUGAAUUAGACCAAAAUAUCGGUAGAGUUAUCGAUCAUUUGAAGGAAACCGAUGAAUUCGACAACACUGUCAUCAUGUUUAUGUCAGACAAUGGUGCUGAAGGUAUGUUAAUGGAGGCAUUGCCGUUUGGAGGUUCCACUUUCAAGGAAAGAAUAUCGUCCGAUUAUAACAACGAUUUUGACAACAUUGGUAAAACAAACAGUUUUGUUUAUUAUGGUGAUUUGUGGGCUCAAGCAGCUACUGCUCCAAAUUAUAUGUAUAAAAUGUGGGCAACUGAAGGUGGUAUCAAUUGUCCUCUUAUCUUACAUGCUCCACAAUUAACAGGACUAUGGGAACCAGGUCAAAUCAUCGACCAGUUUACAACAGUUAUGGACAUUUUACCUAGUGUUUUAGAAUUGGCUAACGUUCCUCAUCCAGGUACCUCAUUUGAAGGUCGCAAGGUGCACGAACCAAGAGGUUUGUCAUGGAUUCCUUUCUUAAAAAAAGAAUCCGAAAGAAUAUAUGACGAUACCAGGGUCACUGGUUGGGAAUUAUUUGGUCAACGUGCCAUUCGCCAAGGUCCUUAUAAAGGUGUGUAUAUUCCACCCCCAUUUGGCCCUGGUCACUGGUUACUUUUCAACAUUGAUGAAGACCCUGGUGAGACUACAGAUUUGUCCAAAGAGCACCCAGAUAUCUUAGAAAAGAUAAUUGAUCACUGGUCUGUGUAUAAAGCAGAAACUGGACUCAUCGAAUUAGAAGACUCUGUCUUCGAUAAUGCCCAUUAUGUGAAAAGAGUACUUGAUGACUAUUAA